UAAGAAGUUCCUCCUUUUGAAGUUGGUUGAAAAUACAUUUACUAACAGGUUUAAAAGUCAUAGAUGUCCAUAUGAUACGUUGUUGCUAUCACGACACGUAGUGAGGUCGCGGCUGUAUCGAGUCGGAAAGCUCUAAAGCCUUUCAGUUGUAACCGAGCCGGGAUCGACGGCGGACAGCCGCAACGUUAACGCGCGAGUUCGCGUUCGCGGUUUACCUCGCCCUUAAAUGUUCAGUGUUUUCUCAGGAUUUUCUGACUUAAACAUAACGAUUCAGAUGAACCGUUACGAGUAAUGAAAUAGCAGUGCGUGAAAAAAAAGCAAUAAAAAAGUGCCAGUGAUAUAAAAUACGAUGCCAUAUAGGUCAAUAAAAAAGAACUUUAAAGAACUGUCAGUGAAUUUGAAAAUGGAGAGAAUCAGACAGUAUUCGAAUUGAAUUUGAAGUGUUUGAUGAUGGCGGCGUGGGUGUGGUUAGCGGCGCUGCUGUGCGGGUCGCAGGCCGCUGUGCUACCACCACCGUGGGCCGACGUCAAGAGGAACCCGUGUGCAGCGCUGCCACGAGGAUGGCUCAUGCUGUACUGGCCGAAGGAUGGGAAAUGCUACACUAUUUAUAAGAAAGGCCACCCAUGCGCAGACACCCAGGAGCUAAGUCCUGGUCGCUGGGGGGGACGCACCAUCGCCGAGUGCAAGUGUCCUCCCGGGACUGCCCAGCUGCCCCACACCAACAACUGCCACAAGCUCUUCGAGAGAGGCCCCUGCAGGCCAGGGGAAUACUUCGCGCCAGUCGAAGAGUCCUUCAACAAGCGAGGUGAACGUCAAGGCAUGUGCGUGAGGCCUCAGCAGUGCGCUGACGAGACCUUGAUCUACUGGCCAGCUGACGGCAAGUGCUACUACAGGAUGUCGCAGGGCCCGUGCUUCCCGGGCGCCAUAUUGGAUGUUGGAGAAGAUGGGCUGGCGAACUGCUCGUGCACGUCCACCAGCCCUCACUACUGGCAAGCCGACAGCAGCUGCUACCCGCACUACACGCGAGGGCCCUGCGAGAAGGGCCAGCUGUUCCUACCUGGACCAAGGUGCGGCUGCGAGAGCCAUCUCCCACACUACCACAACGAAACUGCGUCAUGUUAUGAACUAGAUUCAAUAGGCCCAUGUCCUAGAGGGCACACAUUCUCCAUCGCCGAGGUGGCUCCGUACGGCUCCCGCGCCGAGUGCCGGUGCAAGUCUUUUCACGCGCGCGCAGCUGACGGCGUCUGCUAUAGACUGUACACACGCGGGCCCUGUGCGGAGGACGAGAUGAUAGCCAGAGGUGGACGUUGUACUAAGGUGCCAUGUGCCCGCGGGCGGCUGUACGUGCCGGAGCGGCGGCGCUGCUACCGGCCGGGCACGCCGGAGCCCUGCCCCGUGGGGGAGGUGGUGGCCUUCGACUUCGAGGCCAGGCCUGCUGUGGACGGCCUCAGCCAUAAUGGGGUCUGCGCCUGUGGGAAUGGAGCUUGCAGCAGACGAGAUGUGGAAGCCUGUUCUACUCGCAGAGGCACAGCUCCAUACAACGGCACCUGUCACAUCCUGAACACUCAGGGUCCUUGCUCCGAAGAGUCCUGGCUGGUCAGAGACAACACCAACAACAUCAGAUGUCAGUGCAGACCAGGCAGCACGAACUGUGACGAAGAGGCACGACGGAAGACGAAGAGUUGAUGGAAAAUGGAAUUGUAAUUGAAGGUCCUGGAUUGAUCCAUAAAACUUGGGCUGAUUGCUCAACUAACUUUAAAAGUCAUAAUUAGUGGGUAAGACUGAUAUACUUAGUUAUAAAAAUUGUACAUACUUAUUGCAUAAGUAAAAUAACUUAGAUAGUAUAUAGAUAGAUAUUUAAUUAAUUGACAAUUACGUGCUGCUAAGCACUUGAUUUUAAUAAAAAUCUUAACAGGGGUUUUACGAGUAUCUUCUUAUGCAUUUAUAAAAGAAAUCUUUUACUUCAUCGAUUACCAAAUCGAUUUAAUGUAGAAGAUACAAAAAUAUUUUUGUUCGGGAAGAAAUAAAAAAAUAAAUUUUAUUUAUA